GAAUAGAGUUCAAAAACGCGAAAACGAGGUUCUACAUUUUUGGUAGCUCUGGUCUUAAUAAAAUGGAUGAAGCAAUAACUUUUGAAGAGACUGAUCGUGAUCAAAAUGCUUCUAAUCAAAAGGAGGGUUUUCAUGUAUACAGGAUGCGAUGGUUUAUUCUUACUACUUUAGGAAUAUUGAAUAUAUCGAAUGCUCUGCAAUGGCUUUCUUUUGCUCCUGUAGCCUAUACAACAGCAGGUUUCUACCAAACUGAUCUUGACACCGUCAAUAUGCUAUCUGUUGUUUAUAUGAUAACUGCAAUUCCAUGCGGUUUUAUAGCAACUUGGCUUCUUGAUACCUUUGGUUUACGGGGAUCCAUUGUCAUGGCAGCUUGGUUAAACUUUCUAGGAUCGGCAAUAAGAAUUGUUAGUGCCAUUGAUGGUAUAUCUGAUGAUGCCAGAAUUCCAUUAGUGUUUUUUGGAACUGUUUUAGCUGCUUUGGCUCAACCAUUCAUGCUAUUCGCACCCACAAAAUUGGCUGCGCUUUGGUUUCCUGAUGAUCAAAGAGCAACAGCAAACAUGUUAGCGACGAUGUGUAACCCACUUGGAAUCAUGCUCGCAUAUAUUCUAUCACCUUUGCUUGCACCAGGAGAAGAAAAAAUGCUUUUUAUGUUGGCAAUAGAAAGUAUCCCCGGUAUUCUUGCUGUAUUAAUGGCAACCUUUGGUAUUUGCAGUAACAGGCCUCCAACUCCUCCAUCAGCCAGUGCUGAAACUGCUUCUGAACCAUUUUUAACAGGACUGAAGAAGCUUGUCAAAAAUCCUUCAUAUUGGCUUCUUGCAUGGGCGAUUGGAGGAGGAAUAGCUCUCUUCAGUACCUUAACAACAUUACUUCCCCAGAUGCUAUGUCCAUGGGGAUAUGAUGAUAAUUUCACUGGAGUUGUUUGUGUGUCUUCACUCAUUGGAGCAGGAUUAGUGGGAGCUGCAAUUGCUGGAUUAGUUGUUGAUAAAACAAAACGCUACAUGGAAGUUACAAAAGUCUGUUUUGCCGUUGCCUCAUUAACAUUGAUUGCUUUUUCGAUUGUGCACAAUCGUCCUGAUAUGUGGGUGGGGAUUGCAAUUACAUGCGGUUUAUUUGGAUUAUUUGGGCUUCCUGUAUAUCCGGUAGGAAAUGAGCUUUCCGUCGAGACAACCUAUCCCUGUGGUGAAGCAACUAGCUCUGGUAUGCUGUUCAUAUUUGGUCAAUUACAAAGUAUUGUUCUUGUAAUAUCUCUUAGUGCAAUUGGAUCUGACAUACCUGAGGAUAAACUGGUUAAUUCCAAAUGUAACACUAACAGCAAAUACAAGGUCGAAGUCAAGGAUUUGGCAAUCUCAACUUAUGUUCUCACAGGAUAUGCCAUACUCGUCAUGCUUGUAUUUGUGCUUGUGUUUCGCACAAAGUACCGGCGCCUUGAAGCAGAGAAAGAACACUUUGAACCAAUUGAUCUUAAUAGCCCUACAAGCAAAGAACCCCUUGUAGAUGCAAGCAAAGAACCCCUUGUAGAUGAUGUUUAA